AUACAUAGAGUAAGUAAUUACUCUAUGUAUUCUGCCAAAGAGUAAAAACUGUACUGUGUGAAUUUAUACUGAUUUAAACAUUACGUUUUCUGCGAGGGACGUAUUUCGGCUGCGAUAGUUUUUUAACUAACACAAAAAUGUCUCUUUGGGCUACUCUAAAUCGCACCGUUUUCAAACGUACCUCGACGUUCGCCUUAGCUGUAGCCUCAGGCACUUUCUUUUUCGAAAGAACCUUUGAUGUUGCAUCUCAGGCUAUAUUUGAGCACAUAAACAAGGGAAAACUGUGGAAGGACAUUAAGCACAAAUAUGAAUAAAAGUCACAGAAAUUGAAAUUCAUUAGUUUAAUUAAAUAUGUUUAUUCAUUAAAUUAUUACAUGUAAUGUAAUUGCAUUUUUAUUAUAUUUACAAAAAGUUGUAGUACUUUAUCAAUAUCAUUAGUUUAUCUAAAACAUAUU